CCGACCCACGUUUUAACCCUCUCUCUAUCUCUCUCUGUGUGCUUCACUCGCUCCGGAAAAAUGUCCAUUUCUCGAAGAUUUUUACCAGCAAAUUUGUGCUUCGCGACUGGUCGUUGUGCCCGAAAGCUCUACGGUGUACUCCUGGUGAUAGGACUGAGCACACCCUUCUACUCUCUUUACUUAGAGGGAAUUACACACAAGCUGGUUGAAAGACGAAGUUCUCCUCUGACACAGACGGCAAGAAGCGUACCAGAAGUUACACCCACUGCGAGGAACGUGACACCUGAGCACACACGCCUGCUUAUCUACAACCGUGUGCCGAAGUGUGGAUCAACAACCACCUUCAAAAUACUCAACACACUGCGAAAAAUAAACAAAUUUCACCACAAAAACUCGGAGAUCUACCACACCGAAUGGCUUUCAGUGGAGGAACGGAAACGCUUGCUUCAGGGGCUUUACAAGUUCACCAGUAGAUAUCCAAGAAGCUUCGACCGCCACCUGUUUUACUUCAAUGCUACGAGGCUGGGGUUCCAACGACCGGCCUGGAUGAACAUUAUAAGGGAACCGGUUUCAAGGUUUAUCAGCGAAUUUUACUUCGUGAGAACCAGGGAACAGUGGAGCAUAGUCGAAUCCUUAAAGCAGAAGAAGCGACCUCCGGAGUCCUGGUUCAACAUGCAGUUAGACGAGUGUGCGGCGGCAGGACACCCGGAGUGCAAACCUUCUCCUGGGGACAACAUGACCCUCCAGCUCACUUUCUUCUGUGGUCACCAUCCCACUUGUCGGCAGGUCGGCAGUCGCUGGGCGCUGAAUCAAGCCAAGUACCACCUCGAGAACUACUACAGCGUCGUGGGCGUGCUGGAGGAGCUGUCCCUCUCCCUCAGGGUCCUCCAACACUACCUGCCCCGCUUCUUCAACAAUGUUGGGGCCCUUGAACUGGGUUCUGGCCACGUCGUACUGAACGAGCGACCUAAGGAAUACAAACCCACAGUCACCAACGCCACAAAGGGGAUGUUGAGGAGCGUCUUGAAGGAGGACCUCGAGCUGUACCAAUUCGCCCGGCAACGGCUGUACCUCCAAGCCCGAGCUAUAGGAAUUCUGGACGAAGUCGGGGGCUGACAACCUGUCGAGUGAGAUAUUGGGUUCAACGUUGUCGAGUUUGCGGUUUGGGGGAUUCGGUAUCCCUCCCCUCCCU